AUGGAUACUACUGGAGUUCAUAAUUAGGCUUAGGCAGAAAUAUUUGAAUAAAAAUUGAUUACUAUAUAAGGUACAUCUUCGCUACCCACUGAACAUGUAUAUCGAGUGAGGAAACAAUUACAUCCACAGAUUACUGCCAAUUAAUUUCAUUUGAAUAAAACCUAAAAUUCUUCCCUUAACUGUGUUAAUUUGUUUUGCUAAUUUUGCAAUAAAAGCACUUCUGUAUCAACAGGCAGAUAUUGUGGAUGCUCAAAUCGAUAAUUUCAUUAAAGCUGUUUAUUAAACCAUAUAAAUCAAGGCUUUAGAUAAGGAAAUGGCAUUAUGCAAUGUUCAUAUUGUAAUCUCUAUUAUCCUACUGAAGUGGAAUCUAAGUAGUUAUCAUUAUAAUUUAUUUAGAUUGUCCUUGUAAAAUUUGACAAAAUCUGAGCGAGUGAAGUAUUUUCUUAUGUUAUUGAUUAUUUUCAUAAUAAUCGUAAUCGAAAUUUUGAUUACCUUGUUCUUAAAUUUAAAUACGAUAUUAUAUGUUAUAUUGGCAGUAUUAUGGACAUGUGAAUUGUUAAUUUUAAUACUAUUAAUAAGAAGGAUAUUCAUAUAAGCUAAUUAUAUUAAAUUUUCAUUCAAAGAAUAUAGGUUUGGUGAUGAGAUAAUAUAAUUUAUUUAUGCUUAAAAUUCAUUUAAAAUAAUUCAAGCUCUUAAGUUUGGUAAAGCUAAAUAAUUAUAUUUGAAUUGA